GCACUGAGUACGAAGUGAGUCGAAGCAAUGAAAGUGAAGUGUGUUGAAGCACUGAACAGUUCGAGUUAAUGAUGUAAACAAACUGGUGUGGGAGCUGGAAAAUGUUCUCAUUCUUGAGACACCUGUAGCUUGUAACGUGAAACAUUACUGUAACGCCAAAUAAAGUUGCCUCAACUUGGUGUCUCUAGUUGUGUACAGAAUCGUUUUGCAACUUUAGUAAACUAUGGAUGCUACGGACACAGAAGAAUUUUCUGAUGGUGACAGUGCAGGAGGAGGAGAUGUCAGAAAUCGUUCCUUAAGUAUGUCAGAGAGCCACUGCUCGGAUUUCUCUGAUGCAGAUAAUACAGACUCCCGAGAUAUUAGCGAUUCUCAGUCCACUCCUCUUGGUAGUGAUCCUCUUGCCCAAUUGUUGGCAACCCCAGAACAUGCAGGCAGAGAUAGUACAACACCUGGAAAAGAUCCGGGUACACCGGGUCAAGAUAACACCCCUCCAGGAAGAGACUGGACUCCAGGAAGAGACACAGAUGUUGAUGUUGGGGAGAGUGGAGAUAUUUUGCUUCCUAAGCCAGCAACUCCACAACCUGGUUACAAUAAGAAUGACCGCAAGAAAGAAGGCAAAACCAAACGGGAACAGGAAGAGGAGGAGAGAGAGCGCAUGCAAGUGUUAGUGUCCAACUUUACAGAAGAACAGCUGGACCGCUAUGAGAUGUUUCGUAGAUCAGCGUUCCCUAAAGCUGCCAUAAAAAGAGUUAUGCAGACCAUCACUGGAUGCUCAGUGUCACAGAAUGUUGUCAUUGCUAUGUCUGGUAUCGCUAAAGUCUUUGUUGGGGAGGUCCUUGAAGAAGCUUUGGAUGUUAUGGAAACACAAGGGGAAACUGGACCAGUACAACCAAAGCACCUUCGUGAAGCCAUACGUAGGAUACGUCGUCGUCCAGGACAGCACAUACCAACAAUGAAACAACAUAGAGCUCUAUUUCGUUUAUAAGCUCGGUAAAAGUUGAGCUGCCAUUUUUCCUCCAAUGUUAGAGCUGCAGGAAAUAUUCAUCAAGAGAGAAUUAAUGCAAACUUGUAGUAAAAAAAAAUCAUUAUGAUUUCCGCUCUUAUAGUUUCUCGAGGGUUUUAUUCACUUAUUGACUAGAAAAAUUUCCAAGUACUGUAAUUUUGUAUUGGCUAAAACCUUGUUUUUGCUUUUACCUGAUAAA